AAAUACUGCAAUGAUUCAAUUUUCUGUUGCGGCACCACAAAUGAAAAUCAUUUCAUGGAUUUGCAAUUCUGACAGGUGUCACAAGAUGAGCAAAGGACAAGGCCUGCCUUAAUAUCAUCAUAUUAGGAUGAGGGAAAGAUACAUCUACUCCAGUUUUUCAAAAGAAGUGAAGUCAAGAUGAAGAACCAUUUGCUUUUCUGCUGUGUCCUGGCCAUUUUUGUUAAAGCUGUUCUUGUGACAGCCCAAGAUGAAGAUGAAAGUACUGUUCUUGCUGACGACAAAUGUCAGUGUGUCCAGGUUACUUCCAGGAUCAUCACUGCAGAAAGUGCUUCUGAAGAUAUUGUGGAGAGAAACAUCAAAAUUUUUGUUCCUCUGAACAGCAGGGAGAAUAUCUCUGAUCCUACCUCACCAGUGAGAACCCAAUUUGUGUACCAUUUGUCGGACUUCUGUAAAAAAUGUGAUCCUACUGAAGUUGAGCUGGAUAAUCAGAUAUUUACUGCCUCUCAAAGCACUAUCUGUGAAGAACCCGAGACCUGUUAUACUUAUGACAGAAACAAGUGCUACACACAUAAGGUCCCAUUUACCUAUGGUGGUAAGACCGUAAUGGUGAAUGCAGCCUUGACCCCGGAAUCCUGCUAUUCUGACUAAUUUAAGUCAUUGCUAACUGCACAACUGCUUAUCUUUAAAGGUUCUCCAUUUAUAUCUAAAAAGUUAAUGUAUUUACUACUAAUCAAUUUGAAAACAUGAAUUUUUUGAUAAUGUAAAACACACUCCCAAUAAUUACUUCUCAACUGUGUAUUUACUUCCUAAGUAUUGAAAAAUGUCACUUACUCUUGCCUGAAUUGGUGUAUAUCCUUAAGAAUACAUUUUUUGGCAUUUAAAAAAGGAUAAGAGGGGGGAAUUAAAAUUCAAAGAGUAAAAAUUAGGAGGCAUAGUUGAGGAGAAAAUUUAGUUUUUCCCCAUCUUUGCCUUAAUUUCUCUGUGAACCCACAAAAGAAAGUUCUUUGUUUUUCUUUUUCUUUUUUGGCUUUGCCUUGGAGAGCUAGAGCUUUUGCACAUUUAAUUCUAUUUUUAAAAAGUAGUACUGUGUUGAGAAAAUUUAUAUGCAAACAAAGGCCAAUUCUAUGUCUUCAUUAGAAGAAUAAUAAUUAGAAAACAUGUUCUGAAAAUAUAAAAAUAAUUUAUAAGGGAUCACUAAUAUUUGUGAACUCAGUCAAUUAAAAAUUACAUAAUUAAAGGCAUAAUGAAACAUGUAUUAAAAAAAUGUAUUUUGACAUAAUACAGAUUUAAUAGCUGGUGAUAUAGAUUUUUCUUUUUUGGUAAAAUUUUUUUUUAAUAAUCAGGAUAGUGAAAAAAAAUACCCACUGGAAAUCAUCUAUGUUGUAACUGAAUUGAACAAGUAUGUAUCCCAAAAUAUGUAUUCUCUAGCACAGUUUGAAUAAUUAAAUAGAUUCAUAAGCAUAUGCCUGUGUGAAAUAAUUUAUUGGGUAAAAGUUCGCUUGUGUUAACUUUGUUGUAUGUUAAAAUUUAAACUUAAAAUGAAAUAAAUUAAACUUAAAAUGAAAUAAAAAGGCAAGGUCCUGCCUGACAAAUAUAGUGUUUAUCAUGACACAUAAAAUUUCCUUAUGGCAGAAUACUGUAAGUGCCAACUGGCCUGCAUAUCUAAAGACACUGUGGGAAGUAAAUGCUGAAUCUGGGUUUAAAAUAAUGGGAGGCUGGUUAGUAAAAGUCAAUUUCUUUAAGAGGCAUUAUUCUGUUU